CCAUAAUCUUGUUCCUUAUUCUAUGGUGGCUUGCAGUUGUCUUGUAGCUGCAGUAACAGAGCGUUUCCUUUUGUAUUUUCAUACGCUUUUGUACUUGUGCAGUUAUGCAACAUAAUUAAUUUUAGGUUUGAAAGUGGGGUCUACAAGCUACUACAAGCUACCAACUCAAGGUCUACGUUGUGUUCCAAUUGCAAUGAGUUACAAACGCUGCGAUCACUGGUACGCUGCAGCCUGGCAUCAAUGCUCGAGUUGGUUCCAGUACAAUGGCGAGCAUUCUGCAUCAUGAAACAAAUAGCCCUAGCUGCUACUGCUGCCCCACAGCACCCAAGCGGCCCCCUCAGCCAGCAUCUGCAAGCACCUCGCCAAGCACAAACGAUUUGGAUGCUUCUUUACAUGAGCUUGGCAUGCUGAGUGCUGUCACAGACUCGCGCCGGGACUAUGUACUUGAAAAGCUUUCCCGCAGAGCUGGAAACAUGGACUCUGGCCCACACCAUUCUGGACUGUGUGUGUUAGCCAUGAAUUCUGCCUACAUUGCAGACUUCUCAUUCAUGACUUCAAGUGUUGUUCCAGAGAGCCCCCCAAGUCCAUCUGAGACUGUGCCACUCCUGACUUUACGACGUCCUCGUAUUCGGGCCCUUCGCAGGCGGCACUACUUUUAUCAGCCAUAUGACUACCCUUGGCGGCAAAGACUAGUGGAGGUGCUGAGGACAAAAGACGAAGCUGUAGCUGAGAAUGGCACUGAUGGUGUCAACAAGUCAAACCCAGGCAGCCCAUCCAAGUUGACUGGGACCAGCUCAAAUGCAAGUUCGACUACUGUGGCUGGUAUUGUCCGGUCCAAGUCACUAGAUGACCUUGAAGUGUGCAGUGCCAAGGCAUGUGGGACCAAAGCAGACAUUGAAACAGUAUCACGUAAAAUAAGCAACCUUCAUGUCAGCUAGCUUUGCUUUCUGCAGGCAUGCAUCACACAGUGGCAGUGCUGGGAUAUCGUAAAAUUUAUUCAAUUGGGUGCCUCCAACAGAAAAAUGUUUUCACUUUAUAGAAGUUAGAGUUGUCCUCCUGUCUGACUUGCUUUUCUUGGCUGCAAUAUUUGUAAACUCUGAAACAUUUAUUUACAUGGGUGGUUACAAGUAGGCUAUUUAUUACCUUUUUUUUUAUACGGUAUAUACAUUAGCAUGAGAUCCAUCUUUGCAAUGCUAAGUUGGUGGUAGAAAUAUCUACUCGAAACAUGUUACGAACAAAACACUUGUGAUGAAUCCUUGGUUAUUUGGGUCAAGCAGCUUCUUAUAUUUGCACUAGUCUCUAAGGGGGUUUUCUGUACCUGAUUAGCAGACUGUACGGUGUGAGGAAUUGCUGAACUCAUGCUAGAACACACAAAAACUUGUUAGCAGCUGCUCAUAACUGCCUCACAUUGUGUAAGCUGCCCACUUGAUAUUGAGGUCUCAGUUGCUUUUUUUUUUUUUUUUUUUUUUUACAUUUUGAGUUUAUUGCACAGUUUCAAAGGUGCAAUAUGCCUCGCAAGUUCACUGAAGUCGAAGUAAAAGCAGUAAAGAUGUUUCAGUGUAAUCAAACUGUUGUCACAACACCUUGUGUAGCCAGAGCUGAUUUUCUUCACUUUAAUGCCCGCUUGUCUGAUGAGCAAAAGUGUACAGACGACAAGUCCGUGUGGUAAAGUUUGAAUUUUCAAUUUCAGGCUGCAUGAAUAAGCUGCGAAAAAAUUUACCUUUCUUCUGGCACCCGUGGUUCGUACAUGUUUGGUCAUUUGGCACCAUUCAUAGCAACUUGCAGAGUUCAUGACCCUUUUUAACCCUUUCAGGUGCCAAUUCCCUUGAAUGAAAACUUAUUUUCACUGCGUUUCUUUCAUCUUGAGAAUAAAAAAAAAAAAAAACAUGAAGCUGCAGAAUAAAUUAACUUUCAAUUUUUAGAGAGUUUUGUCAAGUUUGCAGAAUGAACUCCAUGCAAAAAUUUCCUGCAGGAACAUCAAAUAUGAGAAUUUAAACUAUUUCAUGCCUACCAAGCUUGAAAAGCACCUAUCCAGGCAGGAACCUGAAAAUUGUGGCUGAUGCAACACGCUAUGAAAAAACAAUGAAAGAAAUGAACCUGCUGCAUACGACAUACUUGCACCGAGCUAAAACACAACCGUCUACCUUCACACUUGUUCUACUGAAACAUUUUGCACAUGUGAUUGAAACUUGCAGCUCAAUUCAAAUCAAAAGUGUUUCAAGAUGUGUGAUACAUUUUAAAUAUCAUUACUUUCAUCAAUGCAUUUCAAUGCACUAUCUUGGCAUACAAAAUUCUGUACACAGCGCCUGACAGGGUUGAACAUUUGCUUUGCUGUGUGAGUAAAGCUUUCCGUGAAAAGAGAAACCCUCUGCACUAUUGUGCAUUUUCUUAUUGUUCAGAACUUUACAUCAUAGCAUGAGGUUGUGCUAGCAUGCUGGGGUUGAUUGUAAUAUGUUGAAGGCCGGUUUACAAAGUAGCUGGCAUGCACUCAAAGUGACAGAGUGAUGUCAGUUUGUUGUGCCAGUGAAAAUAAAAUCUU